GCAAACUUUUGCUAACUCAGCUGGCUGGGAAACAGAGAGGGGAAGUGCAUUUGGAAUGGAUAAAGGGCUUCUGGGUUAAAUGCCUAGGCUUGGCGUGGGUGAUAAAGUCAAAAAGGCAAAGGCAGCUUUGAAAAACCAUCCCAUCCAUGUCUGCUUUCUGGCCCACAGAUUGCCGGCCAUGUCACCCUUUCUUCGGAUCGGCCUGUCCAACUUUGACAGCGGCCCCUACCUGCCUUCCCAAGGAGAUGUCAUUGAUCCAUACUGCGCUGUGAUGGUCAAAGAGACUGUGGAAGCUGAGAAUGGCCAGGUUUACAUCCAGAAGAAGCCCACCAUGUAUCCACCUUGGAACAGCACUUUUGAUGCCCACAUCCAUAAGGGCCGGGUCAUGCACAUUGUUGUGAAGGAUAAGAGUGCAGAGAUGGUCUCCGAAACAACUGUAGAGCUCAAUGUCAUUGCAGAAAAAUGCAAGAAGAAUAAUGGGAAGACAGAAAUUUGGCUAGAACUUAAGCCCCAAGGUAGAAUGCUACUGAAUGCAAAAUACUUCCUGGAAUCUACAGAUGAUCCAGAGUUUGUAGACUGUGAAAAGGAAGGGUUUUUCUCUCUACACCAGCGCAGGGGAGCCAUCAAGCAAGCCAAGAUUCAUGAUGUCAAGUGUCAUGAGUUCACAGCUACAUUCUUCCCGCAGCCCACAUUCUGUUCUGUUUGCCAUGAAUUUGUCUGGGGUCUUAACAAACAAGGUUAUCAAUGCAGGCAAUGCAAUGCUGCCAUUCACAAGAAAUGCAUUGACAAAGUGAUUGCUAAAUGUACAGGAUCAGCUAUCAACAGCAGAGAAACCAUGUUCCACAAAGAGAGGUUUAAGAUUGAUAUGCCCCACCGGUUUAAGGUCUACAAUUACAAGAGCCCCACUUUCUGUGACCACUGUGGAACACUGCUGUGGGGCCUCACAAGGCAGGGUUUGAAAUGUGAAGCCUGCACCAUGAACGUCCACCACAAAUGCCAAACGAAAGUGGCAAAUCUCUGUGGCGUCAACCAGAAACUUAUGGCUGAAGCAUUGGCACUGAUUGAGAGCAGGCAGCAGGCUCGAAGUAUACAUGACCCAGAGCAGAUCUUAAGAGAGGGGCCAGUUGAAAUCAUCUUCCCUGAGAAAGAUGUGUCAUCCAUCCCUUCUGUGCCAGCACCUCCCAUAGGGAAAAAAGAGCCUCAAGGAAUUUCCUGGGAAACCCCAGCAGAAGAUGUGACAUGUCCCGAUUCUUCAGCAGAACCUGCACCAAGACAAGACCUCCCAGAGCUGCCAAAAUUUACUAUAGAUGACUUUACCUUGCACAAAAUGUUGGGGAAAGGGAGCUUUGGCAAGGUUUUCCUUGCUGAACUCAAGGCCACCAACCAGUUUUUCGCCUUGAAAGCAUUGAAGAAGGAAGUGGUGCUUAUGGAUGAUGAUGUCGAAUGCACCAUGGUUGAAAAGCGAGUCCUCUCACUGGCUUGGGAGCAUGCAUUUCUCACCCACGUCUUCUGUACAUUCCAAACAAAGGAAAACCUCUUCUUUGUCAUGGAGUAUCUCAAUGGGGGAGACCUGAUGUUUCAUAUCCAGAUCUGCCAUAAGUUUGACAUUGGCAGAGCAAGGUUCUAUGCUGCUGAAAUCAUUUGUGGCUUACAGUUCCUUCAUUCCAAAGGAAUCAUUUACAGAGACCUAAAGCUUGACAAUGUCCUCUUAGACAAGGAAGGGCACAUCAAGAUUGCUGAUUUUGGAAUGUGCAAAGAGAACAUGUUUGGAGAUGCUAAGACAAGCACAUUCUGUGGAACCCCUGAUUAUAUUGCCCCGGAGAUUCUGCUGGGACAGAAAUAUGGCACCUCGGUCGACUGGUGGUCCUUUGGAGUUCUUCUGUACGAGAUGUUGAUUGGUCAGUCGCCCUUCCAUGGCCAGGAUGAAGAGGAACUCUUCCAAUCAAUCCGAAUGGACAGCCCCUUCUAUCCACGCUGGCUGGACAAGGAUGCAAGAGACCUCUUAAUAAAGCUUUUUGUGAGAGAGCCAGAAAAGAGGCUGGGAGCCAAAGGGAGCAUCCGCCAACACGCCUUUUUCCAAGAAAUCAACUGGGCAGCACUGGAGGAGAGAGCCGUGGAUCCACCCUUCAAGCCAAGAGUGAAAUCCCCAGGUGACUGCAGCAACUUCGACAAGGAAUUUCUCAAUGAGAAGCCCCGGCUUUCACUAGGAGACAGAACCCUCAUCAACAGCAUGGACCAAAACAUGUUCAGCAAUUUUUCCUUUACCAACCCCAUCAUGGACAAGCUGCUAUCCUGAAGAGUGCUCUAAGAACUGGAAGGUGCUGAAAGGGCUACAUAAAAUGUGUCUCUAGUCUUUUAGUUGGUUGGGGAUCCACUCCUCUUCUACAGGAGACAGUGGUUUGUAUCCCAAGAUGUUCUUCUGUUCACAGAAAACCUCUUCCACUAACAGGAGGGUGGCUUCCAAACCACCAGAACAACAUUUUGAGAGAAUGGUGACUGCCUAACAUCUCCAUCACUCAAAACAAAGAAAUUCCCAUUUGCAACAAAUUUUUUGCAAGUUUUUUCAGGAGCUCAGGGCCAACUUUUGAGGUCAACAUGGUCUUGCACCUGGAGAGGCCCACAGCAUGGUAGCACCCCUAACUGCAAAUCUAUGCAGCUUCCUUACUCUGCUUGUUCCUUUCCCUUUUUGUUAUCAUUGUCUAUUCACCUACCCCUCUCUAGCCAGAAUCCAGUUAGGGUCUUUGUUGUUGUUAUUUGCGGACAAGUUGGCACCAAGUUGUGGCAAACCCAUGAAGGCAAGACAUCCAAAUAAGGAUAUAAUUCUUUGCUAAUAUUGUUCUUGAAAGAAGCAAUAAGUAAUUUUAGCAAUUUUCUUCCUAUGACAAGAAAGACUUCAAAGUCUGUAGUUUCCAGACUCUUUGCAGUUUGGAAGUUAUUCUGCACAAAAUUUGGGUGUGGCUGUUUUACUCAGAAAACAGUAUUUUGUGUGCCAUAAAGUUUUCUGUGCAAAAAAUAUUGUUUCUUGCUGUUUUCGGUACAGAAAAUGGUUGUUUUCUUCACAAAAAUGCAUCUAAAUUUUGUGCAGAAUAAACCCCGAAUUGUAAAGAUUCUUCAUAGAGCCCAAGUCAGCAACAGCUUUACUCAGGUCUUACAAAAUCAGGGCAGCCAUGGAAUCAAUCCAUUUGUUUUGUAGUCUUCCACUUUCCCUACUGCUUUCCAUUUUAUCCAUCAGUAUUAUCUCUUACAAUGAGUCCCUUCAUCUCAUGACAUUUCGUGGUGGUGCUUUAAAAGUACGUAAUGGAAGUGGUUGAAUAUUUUUGUCUGAUGUAUGGCAUCCAGUUUCAUUGGAUGAUUAAGGUAGCAGAGGUGCACAUACAAUGCUGUUGUCAAAGGAAGUGUGAAUACAUUUCAUGCAUUCAGGUGCACAUUUGUACAUUCCAUUGUACUUUCAGUUGCACAACUUUGCUAUUCAGCUCAAGAAUCAUGUAGCACAAAAAGCAUGCAACUCCACAAAUGGAGAUUUACAACACUGAUGUUGGAUCUUGACCUCUGAGUGAACAAGCAAGAGGGAACAAAGAAAACCAAGAUCUGUUGCACACCUCAACUGCAAUCCAGCAUCCUUUCAUGUAGCACAAAUAUCUGCACACAGAGAUACACUGUGCAACCCCCAUGCAGAAUAUCAACAUUGCAGAACACAUGUCGAUGCCUUUUCAAGUUGCCAAGUGCCAAUGAACAACCACUAGGCAAAGGAUAGGAUGCAAGACUACAAUGCAACAUAUAGGACCCACAACCACAAUGCAGAACAUGGGAUGCAGAAUCACAGUGAAAAGUAUAGGAUGCAUAACUGCAAAACAUCAUACAGGAUGCAUGACCAAAGUGCACAGUAUAGGAUGCACAACCACAGUGUGCAAGCACAAAUGCACAAUGUGCAAUUUGCAAAAACAAGACACAGAUUAAUAUGCUGUCUGUGCAACUCUGCUUCUGCUGCUAUUAGUAGAAGAUGUGCAUUGCACAAUGGUGAGUUUUUGGGGGCCCAUACAUAGCAUGACUUACACAUGCAUGCGUCUCUAAGAGAAUUCUUCUUUUGUCCUUGCGAGACAAUUAUCACACAUACGCACACAGAGUAAAUGGACAUCAGGAAUAAUGGUAAGGAAGGGAUGGGUCCAGUCAAGAAGGCAUCCCACUAGGCAGGGCCAUUGAACCCAAUGAUCCCUCUGCAUCACCUGAAAUUGGCAGUACAAAAGCUUUCUUCAAGACCAUUCAGAGAUUUUAUAUGAUGUCGUGGGGUGGGCAACUGUCCAAUACUAGUGGGCUACUUUAGACCAUGGGUGACCUUGGAAGGCUAGACACCCCACCACCAUUUUUGUUUAAAUUGCCCUGAAACAACCACUAGGGGACAUAGGGACAUUUUGUGCCACAUGUUGGGGCCUCUGUGGACCAUUUUAGGCCUAAAAGAGGCCUUUUGUUAAAACAGAAAGUAACCCAAGCAUUACUUCCUGCUCACUGUCUGUUUUGAAAAAAGCGUAUCCUGGCCCUAAAAUGACCCAUGGGGGCAAAAAUGCCCCCUUGCCUCCUGGAGGGCAUUUGGGGGCAAAAAAAAUUAAAAAUAAAUUAUCCCGUGGGCUAUGGACAAGUGUGUGGGCCCCAUUUUUCCCACUCCUUUGCUACAGCCUCUAUCUUCCUCACAGACCACGUUUCACUCUCUUUAUCAAAUGUUGGCUGGAGUUUUCCAUGUCAUUGUUGCAACAAAUCUGCUCAAAUGUUAUUAGUCUGAAUUUUAAAAAGUGCUAUACAAGAUGUCAGGGCCUAUCCUCAGAAGCACCCCAAAUCACUUUUUUAAACUUUUUUUGUAUGGCCUAAAAAUUUGGAAUGGAUUCACUACCCCACUGACAUGGAAGCCAAUAGCUGCUGCUAAUGGUGCCUCACAAAAUGGCAACAGGAAGUGAUGCAACACUUCCUGUCAUCAUUUUGAGAGGAAAAUAGAGGCAUUUAGGCUUUGAGAAAUUGCAAAGGCUAUUAGAGAUAUUUGGGAUUACUGGGGGGCAGGGUGCAGCACAUGCAGAAUCGGCCCUUGGCCCCCACACUGUUGCCCACCCAUGGCCUCCAGCAUGAAAAAUAAUCAUAGAACUAGAGAACUCUCUGAAAUGGAGAAUAGUAGCUUUUAUUCAUGGCUUCCAUUUGUCUGGUUUGGGGGAAAUUUUGUUUUUGCUGAUGGGCGAGGGUCUGGUCUUUUUUGUGUCUCAAAAUUAUAAUAUUAGUAUAACUUAUUCUACUCAACUCUGAACCGAGAGCAUGCCGAUGGGGAUUCUGGGAUUCAUAGCCCAAAAAGUAACUUUUGUGGGGCUUUGACUCUAGCCAACAUUGUAUGAGCCAGCUUUCAGACACAGCAUAUUUUUAAAAUGACAUUUCACAGGCUCCCCCUGCACUCUGAGAAACCCAGGGCCAUCCAUCUGCCCUACCCAUUGUAGCAAGGAACAUUUGACUUGUCUGUUUAAGAAAUUCCCAGUACAAUAACAGUUGAAUAGGUAAGCUAAAUAUGUUGAUUCUGGCUCAGUCAACAGAAGAGGAGUUUUGUCCACAUUCUUUACAGUCCAGUUGUGGUGUUCCAUUAGAGAUGUUAAUACAGGCCAGAAUCCUAUAUCAGUUUAUAUUUAAUUGAGUACUUAACCAACUAACAUCUCCUGGCUCAACCCUGAAAAACCUGAUGGAAACAUGCUCUAAUCAUGGGUAGGAAUGUACCCCUCCUUCUCACCAUACAGUUGAUGCUUGGCAAAGUUGGUUGAGGGACAAGUUAUGAUCAUGGCUAUAGUGUCAAAAUUGUGACUAAGAAGUGGCUGUGAAUAUGAAAUAGUUACUGUAAAUGUUUCAUAUUCACAAUUACUACAAUCACCGCUCCAUAUCCAUGGAUUCAAGCAUCCACAGCAUGAAAAUAUUCAAAAGAUAUGUAAAUUCUAUAAAGCAAACCUUGAUUUUGCCAUUUGAUAUAAG